UUAUGUUGGUGUCUCAAACAGACAGGUUAUUGCCGUUUAGGGUUUAAGCAGAAUCAAGAAAAAGCAGUUAGGCAGCUCUGUUCCUAAGCUGCUGUGUGAUAAUGGUGGUUGACAAAGGGAAGAAGCAGAAAGUGGAAGAGGAAGACUACAUUGAUGAAAAGCUCAUUUUAUCCAUUGAAAAAUUGCAAGAAAUACAAGACGAGCUUGAAAGGAUCAAUGAGAAAGCAAGUGACGAAGUGUUGGAAGUAGAACAGAAGUACAACAAGAUCCGCAAGCCUGUUUAUGAUAAGCGAAAUGAUAUCAUUAACUCUAUUUCUGACUUCUGGUUGACUGCUUUUUAUAGUCAUCCUGUUCUUGGCGACCUUCUAACUGAAGAGGACCAAAAGAUUUUCAAAUUCUUAAGUUCUAUUGAAGUGGAAGACUCGAAAGAUGUGAAAUUCGGUUAUUCAAUCACAUUUAACUUUAAGCCCAAUCCUUUCUUUGAAAAUUCAAAGCUCUCAAAGACCUAUACCUUCCUUGAAGAUGGACCUACAAAAAUCACAGCUACAACAAUAAAAUGGAAAGACGGCAAGGGCAUUCCUAAUGGUGUUAUUCGGGAGAAGAAAGGAAGCAAGCGAUCCCAUGCUGAAGAAAGCUUCUUCACCUGGUUCAGUGAAGCCAAUAAAAAGGAUGACAGCGAUGAUGAUGAAAAUGAGGUUCUUGAGAUUCAGGAUGAGGUUGCUGAAAUAAUCAAGGAUGACUUGUGGCCAAACCCUUUGACUUAUUUUAGCAAUGAGCCUGAUGAAGAAGAUUUUGAGGGUGAUGAAGGUGGUGAUGAGGGCGAAGGCUCUGAAGAGGAAGAGGAAGAGGAAGAGGAAGAGGAAGAGGAAGAGGAAGAGGAAGGAGAGGAAGACGAUGAAGAUGACGAAAAAGACAAAUGAUACUGUUAAUGGGCCUUGUAUUUGAUUAGAAUUCUCUUCUUCAAUGUUUCAAUCAUCAUAGUUGGUAUCUGGAAAGAAGCUUCAUAUUGCAGAAAAAAUGGAAUUAUAUAUAGGGGUGACUUCUUUUUGGCUACAAUGAGCUUUUUCUUACAUUUUCUUCUUCCUUUAACCUUUACUUUUAACCUUUUUAAUAUUAAGUUUGUAUUUUUUAA